AUGACACAACGGAAUUGCACAUUAGAUAUUGAUGAUAUGAUAAACUGUGUUGAUGAUAUGCCCAACGUUAUGGACAAUUAUGAAAAUUUACUGAGAGAUACAAAUAUACUUCGAUUUAUGAGAUUGAAAAGUGUGGAAAAACUCGUGGAAUAUCCCGUACUGGAUUUUUGUUUUCUAACGAGUCAACUGCCCUUAAAUCUCGAAAAAAUAAAUACCGUUCAGCAUCAUGCAAAUUAUCAAAGUGGUUUUUACGAACUUUUGCAAAUCGCAAAUCAAAUCUCUGCGCCAGCAAAUAGAAAUCUCAGUGAAGAUGAAAGAGACCAAACAAAAGGAUAUUUUGUUCUGACCUAUAAGACAUUCGAAGAUAUGGCGACAGAAAAGUUUGAAAAAAAUUGGAAAACGUGGACUGGAGCUCGAUUUAUUUGCUCGUUACUUCCACAACCGUAUCAUUACAAACGAGUUUCGUUCUUCAAACAAUGUUUACCAACAUCCGUCGAGUUUAAAUAUGUUUUGGUGAUUCAAAUUGAAAAUCUCAUGAGAUCGCGAGAAGUGGCACUCAAUUUAACGAAUUAUUUUAAACAACGAUUAUGCGCCUAUAUUGCUUUAUAUCGGGAAAUUGAUACGCUUUUCAGUGGAGAAUGUGGCAAUAAAUUAGGAAACAAUCUGCAUAAACCAUUAUCGCCAGUUCAUUUGAAUUUGCCAUUUCUGAAAAAUCAGCAAACAUAUAGCGAGAAACCGAACGGUUGGUUUACCUUAAAACAGAAAUAUUUCAUAAUCAUAUGA